AUGUGCACUAUCAGCUGUGAAAAGCUGUUUUUAAUCUUCCUUUUACUGUUUUCAGCGAAAAACAUUGCUUUACCUCGAUCCCCACGCAGAUUUUAUAUUGCACUUGAUGUUUGAUGUUGAACUCGAGAUUUUACGCAUAAAUUCGUUAUAUUUUUUAAACCGACUAUUGUUACAGGGCUGGCACCACCUACAUGAAGAGAAUUGAUCAGAUUUGAAGAAGGAUUUUACUAAAAACGGAGUCCUUUCCCCUAAUUUCACCUGCCAGACCUCGAACUUUGAGUCCACCAAAAUUCCGAGCACCCUCGAUUGGAUUACUCUGCGGUAAGCUGUUCAAAAUAUUAUUCAUGCACUCUUCUAGAUGUUUCACGCACUUUCCGACAUUAGUUCCGCCUUUUUCACCGGGUUUUGAUAUUGUACUUGGUAUGCAUUCUGCUUUAGUUGUUGCAGCCUCAUUUUUGAAGCAGUUGACUUACUUCAUUGCAAGGAGCUGCACGAUUUAAGCAUGCUUUAGUUUGUAGUGUCAUCUUUUGUCCCAGUCAAGUGGCUUUUGCACAGUGCAUCACGGGAAUUUACCUAAUUUAGGUAUUAAAAUAAUUGAAAACAUGCAUAACUUGUAUCCAUUUGGUUUGUAGUUGAUUAUAAAUGCUGUUUUCAGUGGUACGACAACAAUCUGGUCACUGGAGUCCCAAUUCUCUUCUCGACGAACAUUAACAGCCAUUCCGUCAGGUAGGAUAAUAUAAUUUUCUGUUUUUCUCUUGAAAACUUUGGUUCUUAUGACGUUUAGUGUUGCCAAAUGGAAGAAUAAUGUCUCUAAUAUAAUUGACAAUGUUAUUAUGAGAGGUUAUUGUUGUUCUUUUCAGUCAGGUCGCCGGGUGAUGCCAAAAACGCCCCCGGCCGUGCUCAAAAUCCCACCGAGACCAUGGAUCUGCGCGUCGGACGUCCGAUACGCCGUUCAUUGCGUUGUGUUUGUGGCAUGGAUCAUCGCGUUCGAGGUGGGGAGCGGCGCGCUGCCCUUCUUCUUCCACUUCUUCGGCUCCGAACCAGGUGACUCGACGGGAACGGCUGUGGCCAAGGAAGUCUUCGAUCCAUUUGAACGGUAAGGCUCUAUUUUAGAGAGGAAAUGAGUCAAGGAAAGUUGACUAGAAUUUGUAGACAACAAGAUUUAACGGGGUGUACGAUUUUUUGAAUAUUCAUAUUAUCCAUGACAGCUGAGCUAAAAUUUUUUAUAAAUUUUUUUAGGCUGUUAAUAGUCUGUUAAACAAAUUUUACUAGGUAAAUACUGGAAUAAACCUUCUUUUAAUCAAAAAAUCCGACGGUUUGAGAAGAUACUGUCCGAGUUAUAAUACGAUCUUCUCCAUGACCCUCUAAAAUAAUAUAAUUUCAGAUAUGGAGCUACAAUAACAAUUACGAUGUACUUGUUGCGGUUGAUGUCGUUGCUCGUUCUCCCCCAAUGCCUGUGCAACAUGCUGGGGUUGUUGUUUUUCAACGGGUUUCGUGACAAAGUCGUUUUGAAGGCAUCUCCCCUGCUGGCGCCGUUCGUUUGUUUUCGCGUUGUGACGAAAGGCGAUUACCCGGAAUUGGUCAGAGAUAAUGUUCGCAAAAACCUGGAGACGUGCUACGAAGCGGGUAUUGAGAAUUUUAUUUUCGAGGUUGUGUCGGACAAGCCGAUUCAUCUGGUGCAAGGUUCGAGGGUCAGAGAAGUGAAUGUUCCGCCAAAUUACAGCACAAAAACUGGCGCCAGAUACAAGGCCAGAGCCCUGCAGUACUGCUUAGAAAACGAAGUAAGCAUUUUAGUAAAGAAAAUCCGAAAAAAUCGACUUUUUUUUGGAUUUUUUGUCAUGGAUAAUAUAAAAAUUUGAUGACAAAUCAAAUUUCAGGUGAGUAUUCUACAUGACGAUGAUUGGGUGGUUCAUUUGGAUGAAGAAACUUUGCUCUCGGAGAAUGUGGUCUGCGGAAUCUUGAACUUUGUGACCGAGGGAAAGCAUCCUUUUGGCCAGGGAGUUAUCACUUAUGCCAACCAUGAAGUCGUCAACUGGCUGACCACGCUGUCCGAUUCUUUUAGGUAAGUAUCUGAAAGACGCGUAAGCUUUUUAAAGGAAGUUAAAUAUACUCCCCGUACAAUGUUUUGACCCCCCUCCUAACUCCGUCCAAAGUGUACUAAUUCGGACGAAAUUUGGUAUGUAGUAUACUCACAGGCUAGUAACAAAAAAUAACAUAGCGGGACCUACCUUAUAGUUGAAUAUCAAAAUCUAGGGGCAAUUUUCAAAAAUCACCUUAAAAAAUCGAGGAAAAAGUUUUGACCCCCCUUAAAAAACUUUAGAUAUCGCCAGCGGAUGCCACGCAAACUUAUUGUAAUCGACGUCCCAUACCUGAAUACAGGUUAAUAUAUGGUUUUCCGUUGAAUGCUUCGUUGCAUUUGAGUAUUCAACGCGUUAAACCGUUUUUGAUGUAGAUCUGCCCAAAAUUGUAAAAAUCUUGCCCUAGCGCUUUCCUAGAGCUCUAAAUUGGGUUUAUAUUAUGUGCUUUAGGCCUGUAUUUACCUUAUCCUUUCAAUAAAAGUGCAUGGUGGCCUGGCGGUGUAGAUUCGGCAGAUACCCUCUUGUCAUGCCCAGCCUUGGUGAGCCAUUUACUCUUUGACUCAAGGUCGAGAUGUGGUCGUUAGGUCCUCAAUGUAAUCCUGAGACUCAUAUUCACCCUCAGUAAUGUAAAAUGUUUUGAUUUGACACGUUUUGUAAUGGGUUUCAUUCACCUUAAUCUUAAGUUUGCCGUUACUGUAGAUGACCCCGGGUACUAUUACAUCCCCACCUCCCAUUUGGCGUUUCAUACGUCUCAAAUGAGUAUGGUGGGUGCUGUAGCGUCUUAAAUUACCUGGUCCAUCAAAUGAAAGCCGUUUUUGGUGGCUAAAAAUCCAUUUGAAAAACGCGGGUUUUUCGUUAAGGUGCAGAUCGGCGAAGUUGCGCCUGCAAACCAUAUGAGACCGUGCCAGCCGGAGUUUAUUCUUUGUUAGAGAGUAACUAGGAGUCUCAGGAUUACACUGAGGACCUAACGACCACAUCUCGACCUUGAGUCAAAGAGUAAAUGGCUCACCAAGGCUGGGCAUGACAAGAGGGUAUCUGCCGAAUCUACACCGCCAGGCCACCAUGCACUUUUAUUGAAAGGAGAAGGUAAAUACAGGUCUAAAGCACAUAAUAUAAACCCAAUUUAGAGCUCUAGGAAAGCGCUAGGGCAAGAUUUUUACAAUUUUGGGCAGAUCUACAUCAAAAACGGUUUAACGCGUUGAAUACUCAAAUGCAACGAAGCAUUCAACGGAAAACCAUAUAUUAACCUGUAUUCAGGUAUGGGACGUCGACUACAAUAAGUUUGCGCGGCAUCCGCUGGCGAUAUCUAAAGUUUUUUAAGGGGGGUCAAAACUUUUUCCUCGAUUUUUUAAGGUGAUUUUUGAAAAUUGCCCCUAGAUUUUGAUAUUCAACUAUAAGGUAGGUCAAGCUAUGUUAUUUUUUGUUACUAGCCUGUGAGUAUACUACCAAAUUUCGUCCGAAUUAGUACACUUUGGACGGAGUUAGGAGGGGGGUCAAAACAUUGUACGGGGAGUAUAGGUCUUUAUGGUAGAAUUUUUUGGAAUUAAAAAAAUUUUUUAGUACCCCAAGUGCGACUCUCAGAUUUUGAUAAAACUUGGCGCAAAUUUAGAAUAAUUUUUUCUAAAAUAUAUACGAGAAUCCUAGCUAGGACUUUGCAGAAACAACCGAGAUUUUUAGAUCGAAAAGUUGGCGAAAAUUUGAGACUUUUUGCCGAAUUUCGGCACGAAAAAUUUCAUGCCUAUUUCUACCAGAGAGGGUAAUGUUUUCACAAAAAAUGAAUUUUUUCCGCUCGAAACUAGCAAAGUUAUGGCCAAAAAGUGUUUCUCUCUCUGACCGCUCUCCGCGUUUCGCGUACUCUCUCGACGGCAGAAAUUGUUCAAUAUCUCGGCGGCCCCUGCAAAGCGCGAGCUGCAACUUUCAGGAAUUUGAUAUUUAGUCUAUGCCGAACAUGUGUACAAAGUUUAAAGAAAUUCUGAACGUCGCACUUGAAGUACUUCCCUUGUUAACCUAAAGUAAGGUUUUUUUAAAAUUUUUUGUUUCCAGAGUCGCUGAUGACAUGGGGAAACUCCGAUUCACCUUCUCCUGCUUCCACAAACCCCUCUUCGGCUGGAAGGGAUCGUUUGUGGUCACUCAAGCCGGUGCCGAACGUCGUGUCACCUUCGAUCACGGGAUGGAGGGAUCCAUUGCUGAGGACUGCUUCUUCUCGAUGAUCGCCUAUCGGGAUGGCUACACGUUCGACUUCAUCGAAGGAGAGAUGUAUGAAAAGUCUCCGUUCACUUUCUGGGACUUUCUGCAGCAACGGAAACGCUGGCUUCAGGGCAUUUACCUCACCGUACAUUCGAAGCACAUCCCGUGGAAAAACAAGAUUCUCUUGGCGUUGUCACUCUACGCUUGGGCCACGAUGCCGCUCACAACGUGUCAGGUGAGUCAGUAAAGGGUUUGGAGGAGUUUGGAAAAAGGAGGAUGCAAAUUGAGUCAUUAUGACGCAAUUUUUGUAAAUUCGAAGUAUUGAGGGAUGAUUUAAAAAAUUUUUUUUUAAGAUGUCGCAUUUAGGUAUUCUUGUGUCCAUUAUUCCCACUGCCCCGAUGGCCAGUCACGGACGCCAUGGUGGCUCUGAUUGCGGCCGUCAACUUGUACAUGUAUGUGUUCGGAGUGCUCAAAUCGUUCUCCCACAAGUACCGGUGAGUUUUUUAUUCUUGGUUUUUGGCUUUUUAGGAGCUUGUUGAUGUCAUAAUUGCUGCGGAAAAGAUUUUAAGCCCUAGUGUCUACUUUCAGUAUUAGAUUUUUCAAUUUUUAUAUUAGGUGUACCUAGUGUAAUAUAAAUUUUUGAUUCCUUUUAGCUCAAACUUCCUUCGCCUGGUCUUGUAUCUGCUGGCUGGCAUUGUAACCGUCCCAUUCAACGUGCUCAUCGAGAACACGGCGGUGGUAAUGGGGAUGUACGGCCAGAAGGACGAGUUUUACAUUGUCAAGAAGGAUCUUCACAUUAUCGAUGUUUGA